CCCGCACAGCCACAGGCGCCCGGCGCUCUGCUCCGCGCGGGCCCGACCUCCCCGCAGGCAUAGGCUCAGACCGCGCGGGGAGCGCAGCCUGGCGCCCUGCCGCAGCGCUCAUGAUCAGCGACUUCCUGAAGCCCUGACUCCCCAGGGUGCAGCCACAGGCCGCGAUGAACGCGAGCGCCUCCUCGCUCAACGAGUCCCAGGUGGUGGCAGUGACGGCCGAGGGAGCGGCGGCGGCGGCCACAGCGGCAGGGGCGCGGGACAGCGGUGAAUGGGGGCCCCCUGCGGCGGCGGCGCUGGGGGGCGGCGGCGCGGCUAACGUGUCCCUGGAGCUGUCUUCUCAGCUGCCGGCCGGGCCGCCAGGGCUGCUGCUCUCGGCGGUGAAUCCUUGGGACGUGCUCCUGUGCGUGUCGGGGACGGUGAUCGCAGGCGAAAACGCGCUGGUAGUGGCGCUAAUCGCGUCCACCCCCGCGCUGCGCACGCCCAUGUUCGUGCUGGUGGGCAGCCUGGCCACCGCCGACCUGCUGGCGGGCUGCGGCCUCAUCCUUCACUUCGUGUUCCAGUACGUGGUGCCCUCAGAGACGGUGAGCCUGCUCACGGUAGGCUUCCUCGUGGCCUCCUUCGCUGCCUCGGUCAGCAGCCUGCUGGCCAUCACGGUGGACCGCUACCUGUCUCUCUACAACGCGCUCACCUACUACUCGCGCCGGACCCUGCUGGGAGUGCACUUCCUGCUCGCCGCCACCUGGACGGUGUCCCUAGGCCUCGGGUUGCUGCCGGUGCUCGGCUGGAACUGCCUAGCAGAGCGCGCCACCUGCAGCGUGGUGCGCCCGCUGACACGCAGCCACGUGGCGCUGCUCUCCGCCGCGUUCUUUGCGGUCUUUGGCAUCAUGCUGCACCUGUACGUGCGCAUCUGCCAGGUGGUCUGGCGCCACGCACACCAGAUCGCUCUGCAGCAGCACUGCCUGGCGCCGCCCCACCUCGCAGCCACCAGAAAGGGUGUGGGUACCCUGGCUGUGGUGCUGGGCACUUUUGGCGCCAGUUGGCUGCCCUUCGCCAUCUACUGCGUGGUAGGCAGCCGCGAGGACCCGGCAGUCUAUACCUACGCCACCCUGCUGCCCGCCACCUACAACUCCAUGAUCAAUCCUAUCAUCUAUGCCUUCCGCAACCAGGAGAUUCAGCGUGCCCUGUGGCUCCUGUUCUGUGGCUGUUUCCAGUCCAAAGUGCCCUUCCGUUCUAGGUCCCCCAGUGAGGUCUGAAGGCUCCCUCCGGCCUCUCACCAACACCACACCCACAACAAGCCAGCCUUUAGUGAGCUUCUCGGUGCCUGCUGCUGAACUCAGAGAUCCCAGUAGUGUGAUUCUGACUUUGGAAAGAAAGAAAGCAAGAAUAAACAUAAAUACAUCAAACUCAAAAGACGAAGAGGCUCUUUGGCACUUUACAUAUACAGUGUAUACAUGUGUACAUAUAUAUACAAAUCUUUGUAUCUUCUGGAGGUGUUCAGGUCAGGCUGUGGGAUUUCCUGUUCUGUGAAAAAACUAACAAAGAUGUGGUUGUAUACUCAAAUUGUACAUCACAUUGUCAAGUGAAGACAUUCCAAUACUGCUUAAUUAUAGCACUUUAUUUUUAGCUGCUGAACUGCCAAAACAGUGUUGCCAUUUUCAGGGGCAGGGGAAGAAGAAUAAAAGGUGUAUUUUUGUUGUAUGUGAUAGUAUAUUUUGCUGCACAUGCAUCAGUAAAUUACAACAUAUUUUGUACACAAGUAAACACAUAAUAAAAAUGUAA